UACACUGAUCGCCGGAUCGUUCGUACGGUACUCGGACGACAUUGGUGUAGAUGUUUUCGCGCAGAUUCAUUCAGCGUGGUUGGCGUCGCUUUCGGUUGUGUGGUAGUGGUGUUGUGAGUCUGCAAAAAGAGAAAGGCGGCGGCAUAAGAAGGAGUAGCAGCAGCAGUUUAGUGCAGCUGGUGUCAGUGGAACGCGGCGUGUUAAACAACGGUAAUAUCGUCGCACUCUCCUCACUCGCCGUUAAAGUGUUUGGAAAAUCCUACGCCGCCGCUAGCAGCACGUCGGCCAACUUUGUUCCUACGGCGCAAGAUACGAUAAACGACGAUCCGAAUCUUUCCAAUAUCAUGCCUUCCGCCGAGAAGAAACCGUUCCGCCGUUUGCCCACCGACGUACGCCCCUAUCACUAUGACAUUACGCUAACGCCGGAUCUGGGGAAAUUCGUAUUCAGUGGAAAGGAAAACGUGCACGUUGAUGUAAAACAAUCGAUCGAUACUGUGGUCUUGAAUUCCUUGGAUAUCGACAUAAAAAGUGCCGUAUUUUACGGUAACGAUGGAACGACGAUCCCUGCGAGUAAUAUCGAGCUGUCUGUGGAGGCGGAAACAGCCACCAUCAAGUUUUCUAAAACAUUACCGAUCGGUGAUAAGGUUGGAUUCAUCAGCUUCGUUUUCACCGGUGAAUUAAAUGACAAGAUGAAGGGAUUCUACCGCAGUAAAUACACCGGAUCCAAAGGCGAGGAUCAGUUCGCGGCUGUGACGCAAUUCGAGGCCACAGAUGCGAGGCGCUGCUUUCCCUGUUGGGACGAACCUGCCCUCAAGGCUACCUUCAACAUUACGCUAGCCGUUCCUCAGGACCGUGUUGCUCUAUCCAACAUGCCAGUUAAGUCCGAAUCCGUUGAGGGAGAGUUCAAGGUGCUGAAGUUUGACAAAACGCCCAUUAUGUCGACUUACCUUGUCGCAGUUGUCGUUGGCGAGUAUGACUAUGUGGAGGGAAAAUCGAGCGACGGAGUUCUUGUGAGGGUAUACACACCGAAGGGAAAAAAGGAACAAGGUGAAUUUGCCUUGGAGGUUGCAACAAAAGUGCUACCCUACUACAACACCUACUUCGGCAUUGCUUAUCCAUUGCCAAAAAUGGACCUGAUAGCGAUAGCCGAUUUCUCGGCCGGAGCCAUGGAAAAUUGGGGCCUCGUUACAUACAGGGAGACCUGUCUGCUCGUUGAUCCCCAGAAUACUUCAGCAGUUAGGAAACAGUGGAUCGCUUUAGUCGUUGGUCACGAAUUGGCUCAUCAAUGGUUCGGCAAUCUUGUCACCAUGGAAUGGUGGACUCACUUAUGGCUUAACGAGGGCUAUGCAUCGUUUGUGGAGUUCCUUUGCGUCGCUCACCUGUUUCCCGAGUACGAUAUUUGGACCCAGUUCGUUACAGACACGUACAUCAAGGCUCUGGAACUCGACGCGCUCAAAAACAGCCAUCCCAUUGAGGUCCCUGUCGGACAUCCGUCCGAAAUUGACGAGAUCUUCGAUGACAUAUCUUAUAACAAAGGUGCCAGUGUGAUCCGGAUGCUUCACAGCUACAUCGGCGAUGAAGACUUCAAGAAAGGCAUGAGUCUCUACCUCAAGAGACAUUCUUAUUCCAACGCUUUGACCGAAGACCUUUGGGCUGCGCUUGAAGAAGCCAGCAGCAAGCCUGUCGGCGCUGUCAUGUCAACAUGGACCAAGCAGCAAGGAUUUCCAGUUUUGAAGGUUGACCAACGGCAGGAGGGAACGUCGCGCGUUCUCUCACUUUCCCAGGAGAGAUUUCUUGCCGAUGGAUCAAAGGACAAGGAAAAAAGCCUGUGGAUGAUACCAGUGAGCGUUAGCACGUCGCGGGCACCGCAGGAAGUCGCGAUUAGCACGGUAAUGAACGAAGCUCAGAAGGAGAUCGUUUUGAAUGACGUACCCAAAGGCGCUUGGGUAAAAAUCAACCCAGGGACGAUCGGGUUUUACAGAACUCGUUACAGCCCCGAAGCACUUUCCCUCCUCCUUCCCGCCGUCAAAGAUCGCACCCUCCCUCCGUUAGACAGACUCGGACUCCUGGACGAUCUCUUCGCCAUGGUACAAGCCGGCCAUGCCUCAACGGUCGAGGUUCUACGACUGAUGUACGCCUUCCAAGCGGAAGACAAUUACACGGUUUGGUCGAGCAUUGUUAACAGUCUUGGUAAACUGAGCGUUUUACUUUCUCACGUCGAUUACGAAGACUCAUUCAAGGCCUUUGGACGAUCUCUGAUGAAGGACAUCGGCAGCAAACUGGGCUGGGAUCCAAAACCUAACGAGAGUCAUCUGGACACGCUUCUCAGAUCCUUGGUGCUGGGGCGCCUGGCCGCGUUGAACGACGCGGAGACGAUCGAUGAGGCCAAGAAACGCUUCGAGGCUCAUGUGUCAGGGGUCAAAGUUCUUGCCGCGGAUUUACGCAGUCCUGUUUACAGGGCAGUGCUUUCCGUGGGCGGAGCCGAUACCUACGCAACGAUGCUGAAGUUGUACAGGGAGGCUGAUCUUCACGAAGAGAAAGACCGAAUAUCGCGAGCCCUGGGCGCGAUAAAAGAUGAGACACUGCUCAAGCGGGUGCUCGAGUUUGCGAUGAGCAGCGAGGUUCGCGCCCAGGAUACGGUCUUCGUUAUAAUGUCCGUCGCCAUGACGUACAAGGGACGGAUUUUGGCCUGGACAUUUUUCAAGGACAACUGGAAGGUACUCAUGGACAGGUACGACGGCGGUUUCCUACUCUCAAGACUCGUCAAAUUUACGACAGAGAAUUUCGCUACCGAGGAAAGCGCUCUAGAGGUUGAAAAGUUCUUCGCCGAUCAUCCGACACCGGGGACUGAGAGGACCGUACAGCAAAGCGUGGAAACCAUCAGACUGAACGCGGCAUGGCUUGCUAGGGAUCGAGAAGCGAUAAAAUCGUAUCUCUCACAAUCAGCCUUACCGUAACUCGGAAUAAACCGCAUUAACACCUAGUCACUUAUUUCUUACAUCUACGUUGUUUCGAGAACCUUUUUCUAUUACAACGUGUUCAACGUAAUUUAGGUUGAAUCAAAUUGCCAAGACUUCGGUGCAUAAUAAUAGUAAUAAUAACAAUAGUUAUUAUUAUUUUUACAACUAUUUACUAAUAUCUCAAGGAACGUGCGGGCGUUUUUGCGCCGCGGCCAGUGAUUUGGAGAGAUAUUUAGUUUUAUUGUGUUUCUUUUUUUUUCUGCCAAGGAGAGAGAUGGGAAGUCAUUUUUUACCUUACAAGUAGUCGAAGGACUCUAUUGAUGUUACGUUUCGAGUCAUACGUGUUUUCGUAUCGACCAACGUUCGCCCCUUUACUUAAUUUUUUCUAAACUCCAAACGGCAAGUCAUGUCCGGUUUCCUUUACACUACGUGAAAAUCGUCUGGAAAAUGUUUGUCCUUUGUCUUUAGUAAAAUUCCGAAGAAACGACGUAUCUUCAACUAGGGAGGAGCGGAUUUAUCCAUCUGUGUAUAGAUAAUAACUGGUUUAAAUAUACUUCUUCAUAUCUGA